AUGUGCUUAAAAUGGUUGCAGAAUGUAAAUGAUGCUUCUAAGGCAUGGUCUCAUCCCAAAAUCUCUAGUUUGUACGAAAAGACUCGUCCAGAUUACAAUCUGGAUUCGGUGAAAUAUCUUUUGGAAAAAGUAGGCGCUUUAAAGAAACAUUCUGAUCUUGAACCUUUCACCAUUGUUGAACUUGGUGCAGGUACUGGCAAAUUUACAAGAGCCGUUCUCAAAGUUUUAAAACAACAUAAUGUGGAAAAUUUCAAAAUCAUCUCGACGGAACCACUAAAAUCAAUGUGUGAUAAAUUCAAAGAAAUGGUACCUGAAGUUGAAAUAAUACAAUGCUCUGCAAGUGAUUUAUCAGAUUUUCCUGAUCACAUGAUAGAUACAGUAUUAGCAGCUCAAUGCUUCCAUUGGCUUUACUCUGAAGAAAAAGCAAUCAAGGAAAUCCACCGAAUUUUGAAGCCACUCGGAACUUUGGGUCUCAUAUUUUAUUAUCCUGAUCGAUCUGUUCCAUGGAUCAGAAGUAUUGAAGAAAUGCUCGAUCCCAAAUAUACGGCGGUCGGACAAAUUAAUACUUACGAUGAAAAAAUCCUUACUCCUUUGCUCAAUGUUGGGUUUUGUGAGGUAGCAUCUGAUGUUUCUGCAUUUAUGUGUUGUCAAGAGCUCGACAGAAAAGACCUUAUGGAGAGAUACAAAACAAAGAGUGUUGUUUCUGCUUCAAAUCAAGAUGAAAAAAUGAGAAUACUGGAAGCCAUCGAAGAAAUAUUGACAACAAAUGCGAACACGAAGUAUGAUGGGAAAUAUUUUUUUGAUUAUGUGAUGAAAAUUCACUGCUUUCAAAAGUUUUGA